GAUAGUGCGUGUUCCAAACGCGCAUAUCACCGCCAAACUGUUCUCUUCAACCUUUAGACGAACAUUUCUUCGCUCGAGUGCGACAGGACUGUCCUUUGCCGCAGCCACCACUUCCCUCAAACAGAACACUGCAAAUCCUGCCGAAUUAAAGAUUAGUGCCCGCAACAUGCACAGCAAGGUCGUCAUCAUUGGCUCCGGGCCUGCUGCCCACACCGCUGCCGUCUACCUGGCGCGCGCUGAGCUGAAGCCCGUCCUCUACGAGGGCUUCAUGGCCAACGGCAUUGCCGCCGGCGGCCAGCUCACCACCACGACCGACGUCGAGAACUUCCCCGGUUUCCCCAAGGGUAUCAUGGGUGGCGAGCUCAUGGAGAACAUGAAGGCGCAGUCCGCCCGCUUCGGCACCGAGAUCAUCACCGACACCGUUUCCAAGCUCGACCUCUCCUCUCGCCCCUUCAAGUACUCGACCGAGUUCUCCCCCGAUGAGACCCACACCGCCGACGCCAUCAUCCUGGCCACCGGUGCCUCCGCCAAGCGCCUCGACCUUCCCGGCGAAGAGAAGUACUGGCAGAACGGCGUCUCCGCCUGCGCCGUGUGCGACGGUGCCGUGCCCAUCUUCCGCAACAAGCACCUCGUCGUCAUCGGUGGUGGUGACUCGGCCGCCGAGGAGGCCCUGUACCUCACCAAGUACGGCAGCCACGUCACCGUCCUCGUCCGCCGCGACGUCCUCCGCGCCUCCCAGAUCAUGGCCAAGCGCCUGCUGAGCAACGACAAGGUCACCGUGCGGUGGAACUCAGUCGGCAAGGAGAUCAAGGGCGGCGCCGACGGCCUCAUGAGCCACCUCGUUGUCCAAGACACCGUGACCGGCAAGGAGGAGACGCUCGAGGCCAACGGCCUGUUCUACGCCAUCGGCCACGAGCCUGCGACGGCGCUCGUCAAGGGCCAGCUCGAGACCGACUCCGAGGGCUACGUCGUCACCAAGCCCGGUACUCCCCUGACCAACAUCGAGGGUGUCUUCGCCGCCGGUGACGUUCAGGACAAGAGAUACAGACAGGCCAUCACCAGCGCCGGCACCGGCUGCAUGGCUGCCAUGGACGCGGAGAAGUACCUCGCCGAGCUCGAGGACGGCGAUGCCAAGGACCCCAACAACAACCCCCAGUGACUAGAUCACCACCUUUAAGCCGCAAUAGAUUUCGGAGCUGCUCAAUGCGAUAUAGAAGCCCUUCUAGACUAGAUGAACGGUGGAAAACAUAGACUUUGAAUUCAAGCGUUAAAGAAGAUGGCCUUUUUUCUUUCUCAUUGGUCAGAGCCCUGUCCGAGCUACGCCGAAGCAGAUCUCGGAAAUGUCUUUCGCGAGGGCCGGACCGACUACCCCACGUCCGAACCGAACUUGGGGCGAUCCAGGGUUGCCUUCCCUUGCUUGAUUACUGUAAGCAAAACGUCAGAGUUUGGGGCACAAGGUAUUAUUCGAAGAGCCGCUGCUCCCCGCGCAUAAAUCCAAUUGCCUCAAGUCCCAACUUUUCCCAGAAAACGAGGGCACUGAUCGUCAGCCCCCCCUUUUGACAUACA